AUGCUCCUACUAAACUCCAUCAACAUGCUAACACUCGUGGCUUCAACCAUGGCUGGUGUUGCAGGUAGUUAUGAUGGUGCACCAGUUUUGGCUCUUAAACUAUCAUCAGCACUUUUGUUUUCUGCAGCCACAGGGAUUCUACUUGCUACCAAUAAAAUCCAACCCUCACAACUUGCUGAGGAACAAAGAAAUGCUGCAAGACUGUUUAAGCAGCUUCAGACACAAAUCCAAACAGAAAUCGCCAUUGGAAAUCCAAGUGAAGGAGAUGUGAGGGAUGCAAUAGAGAAGGUUUUGGCUCUAGACAAGGCUUAUCCACUCCCCUUGUUGGGUGGUGCAAUGCUCGAAAAGUUUCCAGCAAAGUUUGAAGUAGCUAGAUGGUGGCCAGAAAGUAGAUUAUCGAGCAACAACAAAGACAACAUAAUGGAGAUUAAGAACAACAAUAAUAAUGGAUGGAAUGUGGAGUUGGAAGAGGAAAUGAGGGAGGUUAUUGAAGUGUUGAAGAGAAAAAACAUGGAAGACUAUGAGAGGUUAGGGAAUAUUGCACUGAAGAUAAACAAGGGUUAUGCUGUUUCAGCACCUUUGCUCACCGGAAUUGCUGCACUAGGGUCUGUGUUUUCAGGAGAUGGAUUAGUUCCUGCCCUUGCUAGGGCGUUGGCCACGGUGGUUAAUGCUUUUGAGCAUGGAGUGCAAGUUGGCAUGGUGUUUGAAAUGUACAAAACCUGUGGUGGAUUUUUUCAGCUGUUGGAGGAGACAAUUGAAGCCGCAAUUGAAGAGAAAGACUUGGACAAAAGAGAAAAUGGAAAGCUAAUUGAAAUGAAGAUGGCUUUGCAAUUGGGAAGAAGUGUGUCACAGCUGAGGAAACUUGCCACGAAAUCUGCUUCAUGUUGUAUUGAAGGGAGGGAGAUACAUGAAUUUGCCAGCAAACUCUUCUAA